AGGGAAUUUUAGUGUCGGUGUUGUUCCUCGAAAUAAAUCAUGAGUUAGCUUUCAAGACGCAACCAARGUGUGAUGAUUGUGAACUAAAACAGCUUUUGUACAACAUGCCAGCUUCAGAUUCUCUCGAGGCUUUGGCUAUCCGGCAAGAGGCCGAGAGAUUUCAGUCAUUUUAUCCCCGAAUUCAACAAUUAUUUGAACUGCUGGAGCAAGUGGAUAAUGUGCCUUUGAAGAGAAAGAUGCGAGAGUUGGUGAAUGGAUUAGAAGAAACAUUUCUCAACAGUCCAGAGUUUACAGUUUCUAAAAUCAGCAGUAGCUUGGAACUCAGAUUGGGAAUUGUUGGAAGUUCAGUCUCUGGAAAAUCGUUCUUAGUUCAAAGGUACCUUACUGGUAUCCAUCCAAAGAUGGAAUCAUUUAGUGGYCGGCACAAAAAAGAGGUGAUCCAUGAUGGUCAGUCUCAUUUGCUGUUGAUGAGGGAUGAGACWGGGCCUCCAGACUUACAGUUCACCCAAUGGGUAGAUGCUGUUAUAUUUGUGUUCAGCCUGGAUGAUGAGCUUAGUUAUAGUAUGAUUCCUGGCUACUAUGCUAAGAUGGCACAGUAUAGGAACAUUUCUGAUAUACCAGUAAUACUUGUUGCUAUGAGAGAUGGUGUGGAUGAUGAUUAUCCAGGAACCGUCAGCCUUCAACGAAUCAAGAAACUUAUCAACGACCUUAAACAUUGUGUUUAUAUGGAGGCAUCGGCUUUGACUGGGGACAACGUUGAUGCUAUAUUUAAAACAGCAAUUGAGAAGUUAAUUCAAUCAAAAGAAGCUCCUGUUUUAACUUCCUAUGACCAAGUCAUCUCUCCAUCAGUUACAGAUGGAGGACAAAACACUGUCCUCUCCUCCAGUCCUUCCAAUAGUGGUAAUAACAGUUUGGCAUCAACACCAUCCUCUACAGCUAAGAGAUCAACACGGAGGAGGACUAUGCUGUUUAGUUCUAAAGACAAAAAGGAUAAAGAAGUUGUGACAGACACUGAUGUUGGAAGCGGACGAGAUAUUCCUAUUAAACAGGGAUAUUUGUAUAAGAAAAGUGCAAAUUCUAUCAAACAGGAAUGGAAAAAGAAAUAUGUCACUCUCCUAGAUACUGGCAUGCUUGUGUAUUAUCCAAAUUUACAUGAUUACAUGGCAGAUAAUCAUGCCAAAGAAAUAAAUCUUAAACAUACAACAGUCAAAAUCCCAGGUCAAAGGCCACCAAAGGCAUUAACAUCCUCACAAACACAGCAAACAUCUGAUUCAAGACCUACAACACCUGUAGAAUUACUGGCAGAAAAUAACAACAGUAGAAUGGAAUCUUUAGCAAAAAAUGCAACAGUAAUACAAAAUGGACUUGCAUUAGAGUGUUCUCAGGUUGAUGGAAUUGAUCUAGAUGCUUCUACCAAUCUCUCUGGAGCUUCAAAUGCAGUCUCUAGUUCAAGUAAAGGAGAACAAAACCCUACAAAUGCUGUUAAGAAGAAAAACAAGCGAAGGAAGCACACAAAAUCUUGUGAAAUUGACUAUGAGGAGCUUGAAAAAGCACUUGCUUCAGCUGCAACAACUGUAGCAGCUGUCCAACCAAUCAUGAGAAAUGAGUCUCAUAAUUCUAGUCUUAAGAAAAAAGGUCACAGDAGAGCAAAGAGUGGAAGUGGGAAAUUUGAUACUGAUACAGAAAAUUUAGAUUUUGAAUUUACUAUUAUAUCAUUGGAUGGAAAGUAUUGGAAUUUUGAAGCCGGAUCUCAAGAGGAAAGAGAUUCAUGGGUUCAAGCUGUUGAGCAGCAAAUCUUGUCAUGUUUACAGUCAAAUGACAGUGGUAGGGAAAAGUCUCGUCUUAACAGCACCAACUCAUGUGAAGGAUAUGAUAUUCAAUCGAUUCGAAGGGUUCCAGGAAAUGACAUUUGUGUUGAUUGUGGUGCACAAAACCCAGAUUGGGCAUCUCUGAAUAUUGGUGGWCUUGUCUGCAUUGAAUGUUCUGGUGUACAUAGAAAUUUAGGUACACAUUUAUCAAGAAUACGCUCCUUAGAACUGGAUGACUGGCCAUCUGAGUUUACUGCUGUGAUGUGUAGUAUUGGCAAUGACCUUGUGAAUGGUAUAUGGGAAGGGUCAUGURAUGAGAAAGACAAGCCAACUUUUACAUCCACUCGAGAGGAUAAAGAGCGUUGGAUUAGAAAUAAAUAUGAAGCAAAGCAGUUUCUCUGUCCGCUUCCUCCUUCAGACUUUUCAAUUGGCGAGCAAUUAUACGAAGCUGUUUCUAGAGAAGACUUACAACUUUGUAUUUUACUGCUGGCUCACUCGACACCAACAGACGUCAAUGCUGUGAACGACGAGMGAGAAAAAUUAACGUCACUACACUGCAGUUGCUUGUUAGGAAAUAUUGUCAUUACGCAGCUUCUAAUAUGGUAUUUUGCAGAUGUUAAAUCAUUAGAUGGUAAYGGUCGAUCAGCGUUAUGGUAUGCCAAGUCUUCUGGUAGUAAAGAGUGUGCAGAUAUAUUACGCAAUAAUGGAUGUCAUGAUUUAGGGACGUUAGCGCCUCAUGCAGAAGAUGUUGUACUAUAACCGCAUACYAUCCUUUGGGUUCCCUGUGUUUACAACAUACGUAGAGGCCGGGCKUUUGACGUAUUGACAGAAAACUCACAAAGAAUUCGACUAUGGAAAAAUUCGUCUUUGGAUUUAAUAGUUUGUAUUUCUAUGGACAUUUUUACUAAUGUUUUCAGUUUUCUAACCUCGUUAUGCUCCAUGUUGAAUAAAAGUUAUUUUGGCGGGAUCCGCGAAGCGGUAAAAACUUACAUCUGUAAUCGUCGCGGAAAGGUAGAACAAGCCUUUCUGGAACAGAAAAGAAACGUAUUUAUUGAUUGUUUAUUUACGAUUUGAAAUGUAAAUAUAAAAGAUAUUAUAAAAAUUAAAAUUCUACAUCAAAUAAUGA